GCGGGGCGCUGGCCCUUUAAGGAGGGAGGAAGGGCGCCGGGCCCUGCCGCCGCAGCGGCGGGAAGCGGGAAGCGGCCUGGUGGCGGGCCGCUGACGGCCGCGGCGGCCCCGGGGGGUGCCGCGCAGUUCGGCCGGGAUCCCUCUCUGGAAGCCGGUGUCCCUCCUGAGGACAGGACGCGCGCUGGCUCAACCGAAGGCGACGAGUCGACGAAGCCUGGCUGCAGAGGCGGGAGAGCAGAGUUCAGACCCCCGCUUUGCUGGGAGCGGGAAGGGUUUAACACCCGCAAAACCUGCGCUUCCCGCCUCCGGAGCGCCUUUUAAGUUAUACUGAGUGGAGGGACCUUCCCCUUGAAACCGCAGAAGCAAAGGUAGCUUAAAGAUGGAUGCUGCCAAAGAAGUUCAGCCCACAGGAGAGUUCACAUGUCAGCUAUGUGGCUUAACAGCUCCAUACACGUACUAUGGGCAGAAGCCACCGAACACACGCUCUAUUGUGCUUUUGGAAGAAAGCUAUGUCAUGAAGGAUCCUUUCACCCCUGACAAGGACAAAUUCCUCAUCCUUGGGUCUCACUGCAGUUUGUGUAGAAGAUCAGUGUGCGUUGGUACAGAAUGUAGUCUGUUCUACUCCAAAAGGUUCUGCCUCCCCUGCGUGAAUGAAAACCUAAAGGCCUUUCCUUUGGAAAUACAAGAAGAUAUGGAUAAAAGGAAGCCCCAACAAAAAUCCUUCCCCUGUAAAAAAAAGGAUUCAAGAACAUAAAUACUUGAAGGACCAAGAGAGACAGUUCUUUGGCUGGGGUUUCUCCUCUCUCCUUUUGGAGACUAUCAUGUUGCUCCUUUUAAAGAAGUGACCUUCAUCAGCUCACUACUACAGAACACAGUAGCACAUUUCCUUACAAUUGGCUUGGCUUCAAACAUCAUCGUGCAGUGAUUGCAGUGCCAGCAGUAUGGCCUUAAGGUGUUGAAGAGCCAGAAAGAAAGGCAGACAAGCCUGUUGUCACCACGUAAAACGCAUGUAGUAAAAAACUAAACAGCAUAUAGCAUAGGAACCAUGUCCAAAUUUUCACAUUUGUUAUUUUAAUGUUUUGUGUUGUUCUUGACACUCCUACAGUGUUAUGAAAAUCCAAGACAGAUUUAUCUGGCUUAAUUUAGUAUACAUCCAAGAAAGUCAGUAUACACCGAUUGUUAACCUGACAGUGCUGUCCUGAUAACAUUACAGUAGGCAAGGAAUUCAAAGCUUUCUUUUUAAGUCUAAAAUAAGAAUGUUAUGAGAAAAUGUCACAGAUAGCCACAGAAAUAUCUAGAUUCUUUAAGAUUAUAAUCUCAAUACUAUCACAGCAUUAAGACUUCUGAAGUUAGGUGUUAUAGUAAAAUACCAAUAUAAUAAAACAAAACAAAACAAAAAAAAAAGAUGCUUACAGGUCACUUGCAGUCACUUUCCACUCAAUCUUCCAGCCCAUGUCAAUACAGCAACAGGAGAGGACCCUUAAUAUGUAUAGUUCAUUCUUUAAGAGUAAAGCUGACUUCCUUUUCACUGUCAUGUCAGUUAGUUAAUCUGGAAAUAGAAAAGUUCAGUUAAUAAGCUCAAUUCUUUGCAGAACUGGACGGUUAAACUGUAGCUAGAAUAGGGAUUUCAGAAACAUAGUUUCAGUCAAAAAAGUGUAAAAAAUUGUUAAGAGAAACAGCAGUUUGUUUAGCUCAAAAAUUAGCUUCACAAUUAUCUGUGUUGACUUUGUCUUAAUUACAAGGAAGAUUUAGGUGGCAUUUGUGUAAAACUACUUAGUCACACACCUUAAGGAUAUGUCUAGAGUGAUCCCUAAUCACCAAAUCAUGUUAUUUACUCAAGCUUUUGUUGGUCAUUGGUUCAGAACCUGUUAAUGCCUUGAUUAACAUCUCCUCUUUUCUCAACUCUUCCAUCCAUAUCAUUUGUCAUAUGUCAACAUCUAAACUUGAUCAUUUUAAUAGAAUGAACCAUGUGUCUGUUAAAAGAAAUCAACAUUAUUUCAAUGAGUUAUAUUUAUUUCUUUAAGACAUUUGAGUGUCCUAAAAUCGAUCUUUUUUUUUUUUUCCCCUGAACAUAAUAUACUGGUGUCCUCUGUUGAGGACUAGAAUUUCUUGCAGUUACUAGAGGAGCAAUAAUGGACCCAUUAGUAUCCUUUUCAAGCUCUAGGUGCUUUACGACAUAAAAUACAUAUACAUCUUUAAUUGGGGGGGAAAAAAGAUAUGUGUUAGAAGUCAACAUUUCAGAUUCCUUUUUGCAGUAAGGAGACUAUGCUUUGAAAGAAAGUGAUAUUAAACUUAUUUAAAAUGGGUGGUAUUAAAUUUCAAGUUUCAUGUUAGACACACCAACUUUAAAAGCUCUAGUGUAUCUAUCUAUCUGCUCUGUACAAACAACAGAGGCAUAUCCUGUGCUAAAACCACAACUGUAAAGAAAAUGAGAGAUGCUAGAAAGAGAAUCACAGCACUUUUCCAUCUUAAAAUUGUAGUCUUAUAAUCAAGCUGACAAAAAGCAACAUAGUUAUGUGAGAUCACAUAUUAUGUUUAUACCAGUAAAUGUCUUUCUAAAAACAUUUUAUUUCCUGUAUUUCACAAUGUUUGCAACAGAUUUUAAAAGCCUGGCUAGUGCAGUGCCCAUCUAAAUGAGAAUGUCCUUUUCAGUUUUAUGAUAGGCAAGUCUGUCUUGGGACUGGGAGAUGCACCCAGUAACAUGCUGGGAAGGAUGUAGUGUCUCUGAGCUGUUUUCCCUCCUGUUCAACCUCCUCUGUGCCCUUUAAGAAAAAUGCAGUUAACUAACUCAUUUAUUCACAAUCAUUAUCUUUGCCAACAUGCCAUGAUAGAAGAAUCAUUUAAAGGCCUCAGAAAUGACCCUACCUUUAAGUACUUCUUAAGUUGAGCCAGAGGGGGAGUAGACUCAGUAUUAAAAGGGAGCAGAAUUUGUAACUACAGAAUUUUUAAUCUGGCCCAGUACAGCUCAUUUAUUUAUCUUGAGUACAACAGAAAAAGCCAAGUUAAGGAUACUCUGCUUCACAGUUACCUGGUUGUGCAUACCUUGCAGGUGAAGAAAAGCAUACUUCCAGCAAGUACCACAAGGUGGUUUAGUAGCCCAGGGCCAUUGGAUGUGUUCCGUCAUCUCUGGUCCACGCUGUAGGGAAAGGAGGCCGACCUCUGUGCAAUUUGGUAUUUCCUGGAAUGACGAAGGAUUAUUACCUGUGCCCAGCUGUUAAAACUUAUGUAUUCCAUAUUCUCAUAUUCCCACUGAACAUAAGCAUUAUGGUCUCUGUACCACAAUGUUUUGGUAUAUAUGUGUUUCACAGACCAAAUGCCAUCAUGCCCAAACCCACCAGCCAUCAGUCCUGCUCUUCAAGAUAUGCACGGCCUUUACAGCUUGGCUUCAUCAGGUGCUCCGAGUGCUUUCUGCUGCUCAAAAUCAGGCCUUCGGUGCUCCUGAGCUCAGCUGAUGCAGAAAUGCAAUUCUUUAUCCUCUGCUGUAAUUUUCACUUCAGCACUCUUUUACCAGCUUAAUAAAUCCCCGGAUUCUUGAAACAAAACAAUUAUCGGUGACAUACCCUCCCAACCAAUUUAAUUGCAGCCACGCUCAUGGAAUGAGUUAGUAUGCUACACUUCACAUAGAAGUGCAUUCAAUGUUUGUCGAAUUCAACACGUCUCAAGCCGGUCGUACAGUCAACGAGAAUGGAAGGACACAGCAGGAUGGUGGGUCAGCAGACAAACUGAUGAAAUAUAUAUAUAAAAAUAGAUAUUAUAUAUGCAAUGUAUAUAUGUAUGUUACACAUUACUAAUUUAGACGGUGCGUCUAAAGUAAAUCUAUAAGCAUCAUCACUUUAAAGAUGCUUCAAAUAUCAUUCCACCUUUAAAAUGUCCUUGCAAGACACACAACCUAUUAUGCAGUAAAUGUAAUACAAUUUGUUAACAGAUAUUUGAUGCUAACCCCCAGAAAAUCUGGGCACCAAUCCCACCAAAGGUUGCUUGUCCACUCUUGUUCACUACUAAAAAUCAGCAUGAUUACUCCCUGGUACAAAGUUAAGCAGCUAAGUGUUUUCUGGAGCAGGGCUUUGUAUACCAAAUUAAGGCAAAUCAGGUUAAGGCAAAAUCAUUCAAGUUCUUAAUUACAGUAGAGCAGCACAAAACACACGUUCAUGGCACUGGUACUAUUGCGGAAGGAGCAACGGGUGUCCCCGUUCCCAGGUGCGCCACCACCCUGCACCCCCCAGGUCCUGAUUCUGCAAACAUUUAUACAAGCUAUCAGUUGAGAUCGUUAAGUGGUUGUACAAGAGCGCAGAACAGAACUACUUUCGUGUACAUAAAAGUUACUCGUGCGUGCAUGGUCAUUGAAUGAGGGACUCGGUUAAGACUUGGCAGCUGCUUUGGAUAACGUACAAGAGGCAGCCAGCAGAGGGUAACAAGUAUGUUUGUCUCAAAACCGUGACAUUACAGUGCAUUACCUUCCUGGAAAUAAAAGAUCAGCAGAAGUCAUUACAUUCACUUUUAAAAAUACUUUAUUUUUUUAAAACCAUUAAGGCAAACCCAUAUUUCAAAUUAACUGUGUUUACAUUCAAUCUUAAAGGAUUACUUUUUUUUUUAAAGCACAUAGGUUCCUACCAGUCUCUAUACAAACACUAUGAAUUCAACCUCUGAUUUUUAAAGGAGACGGAAAAAAAAUCAGAAUGUAAAAAAGAAGAAAAAUGUUUAGUUCAAGUUUUUUCAUCCUAGAUCAGUAGGCUGGUAAUGUGAGAACGCAUCAUCAUGUUUAGCUAUAUGUAAUUUUUACAUUCACAAGUGCAAGAGACUUUGUCUUUCCUAUAAAUCCCUGUGAGACCAGGGCUUCCAUUCUUCCUUGAAAAUGUCAUUUGCAUUGUUCUGACAGAAAGAAACUUGGGAACUUGGCUUGAAUUAGUGGUAUUUUGCUGGGAAACAAGCAUUCCAUGAGAAUUAGGUUUGACUACUCUCUGCAAGAAAUGUUUGCUCUUUGUAAGUUCUGUAUUUACUGUAAUAAAACGUACCCCAAACCUCCUAAAAACAUAGGUGACUGGAAAUAAUGAUCUGGGUUUUUUUUCUCCUUAAUAUUGAUAUCUUGAUUUAAUUAAACACUUGUUAGCUCUAGUGAUUAGGGUUUGGCAAUGUUAACAAAAAUGUGCUUUUUUGUGUCAUAUCAGAUAACAGACAAUUUAAGAUGUGACAAAGGUUUUUAACAUCAUGAUGUAAUUAAACUGUUGUGUUACAUUCCUAAAGAAAAUUCAGCGCAAUUGUUUGUAAAAGCUGUGAAAUAGCAGGAGCAAUAUGAAAUGCAGCUCAUCCGAGAAGCUGAUAAAACAGACUUUGUCAAACAGUUAAGAUGGGUGUUCUUGUUAAAAAUCCGUAAUAUUAAAACGUUGAUUAGAUUUGUUGUCACUAAAGAAAUAACUAAACCUAUAAAUGUUCUUCUACUUCUGAAACCAGAGGAAAGUAUUUGUGGCUACUGAGAUGGAGCCAUGCCUUCGCGUAUCCCCCUAUCCCACAGGAUCCAUUUCCCGGGGGAGAGGGAUGAACGAUUCGAUUAGAAGCAGCUCCCUCCCACUACCUGCACGAAGGCCGCCGGCAGAAGGGCCGCAGCAGUCUGCUCAGGAACCGCCUGCCGAACUGGUGCCCGAAGAUGCCCGUCUGAAGACGCAGGCGGCGCGGCCAACAGCGCUCUUCCUAACAGGAGGGCAAAGGCACCGUGUCUCCGUGAGGGCUACCCUACCCUACCGAGCGGCAAAAUAGACCGAGAGUAUCUGAAUGGGCCAGAGGGAACGAAGCGUGGAUUUGAGUAGCACUCUACGUGGUUAUCUGUAUACGAGUCAGCCACCAGAAGUUUUCCUAACCUUCCUACAGUUCCUGUUGCACAUCACAAACAGAUUUUGAAUGAUUUUAUACUGCGCUCCUACACAGUAGGAGUAGAAUGCAGUACUUGCAUGUUGCCAAUAUUUCAGUUGGUUAGUAUUUUCCCAUACCACCAAUUUUUUUUUUUUCUUUCAAGUGUAAAGAAUGCCUUGAAACUUCCUGCAUUGAUCAUAAGACUGGUGUCUUUUCCACAAUAGGGAUUACUGUACCUGCAUAUCCAACCUGAGAAAAUGCACCAAAAUACUUAAAAACAACUUUAAGUACCUUAUGCUUGAUCUUGCAGUCCUUAUUUAAGGCCCAGCCUGUAAUCAGAUUAAUCUCUUUUGUGCAUGCAGCCUAUUCCCUGGGCAGAGACAACUCGUCUGAAAUUGAGGUCCUUGCAAUUGGAAUUCUGUUUUGAAACAUCCUUGCAAUGGAAUCUGACAAGAUCGACUAACACAAUAAAGGAGUUCAAGAACAGAAACCCAAAACCAGCUUCAGAAGCCAAAAAAGAUUUUAAAAACCUGUCAGCACGUUAGAGAAAACAAGAGAGGAAACCCCCUUGCCCUAGGAUGGGUUUAGUUAACAAUGAAUUUGUACCACGUAUUUACAGUGUAAAGUGACAUACCUGUUAGUACCUUUUACAGGGUUUUUUCGUUGCCGCCUAUGAAACUGAGAAAAGAAGUAGCUGUAGGUUAUCACAGGAAAGUCCAGUAGAGCUUUUACAAAUAGGACACAAACGUCUUAGCAGACAAUAUCAGCAGACACCACCUGUGUGGUGAUACUGAUCAAGUGAAAAUUUCAAGUUGCAGCGAUUUGGGGAAAUAAAAUUUUAGCUAUUAGUAAGUAUAAAUCAUUGCUGGAACAUUUGUAAUAUACUGUGCUUGUACUAGAUGCUAUGUUUUGACUACAGCAAAAUAGAAGGUACACCUUUAAAAGGUAACUUUGUUCCUAUAUCAGGAUUAGUUAGCAGGAAUGCUGUAAGCACAGAUUGUCACACCUGAAUCGCAGGACACAGAAUCCCUAUGAACAGAUUCUGAAUUCAUCUCUACUUAAAAAUCAUAAAGGGAACACUCCUAUAGAAAAGCCAAUAAUGGCAUUUCAACAUUUUGUUUUGCACUGCCAAAUUAUGUGUUUUAAAAUACAUCUAUAAAAACUGCAGAUCGACCUCAGUGCAGGUAGCAGGGAAUAAUCCUGAAUACACAUUGUUAUUUCUAGUAAGCCACAAGUCAGUUCCUCAGCAAAUAUGAGUAAUGGAGUACUAACAGAAUGUAGCUCUUUUUAGCUCUCUUUUCAGACUUUUAAGGAAGAUGAACUACCGUGCUGUAAAGCAAGGAUGAACUUAGUUCUAUAAACUAUCUUUCAUAUUGAUGAACUUGACUUAACACGUUACAAAUACUAACUCAAUUUUGGGAUUACAGCUCUUCCUCACCUAGACUUACUUUUAUUAAAAUUAAAUAAAAGGAAGUCUAUGUUCUGUGUGAAAAUAUAUUUUAAAAUUUUGUUACAGUUGUCAAUACAAAACAGUGAGAAGUUGCAGAAUUUGUGAUACUUCUUCACAAAUGAUACAGUAAUAAAGACCAGACUGGAAUAAAUAGCAGUUUGUCUUUGACUUCAGGCCCAUCAUCCUUACCCCAUAAAAGUAAAUCUUUCCUCACUGUACAAAAGGGUUCACAAGAUAAAGUACGAAACAAAUAAUUAAAUUAAAUAAUUUACAUAUUUUACGUAAAGCACCUCUGUAAUAUAAUUUAGUGAAAGUUUAUACCUUGCAAUCAUAGUCUUGUAUUUUACAAAUUGAAACAUGAAGAAAUGGUAUUACAUUAAGUUAAAAAAAUCCCACAAUACAUUACAACAUCAGUAAUCUUAGAUCAAACCCACAUAUAAUUUAAAUCUCUAGUAAAAGAAGGAUAACAAAGCUGAUUAAACCUAGAUAAAAAAAAAUAAUUAUAUGCAACUGAUUAUCAAGAAAGCACUUGAGAUAUAAGCAAGCAGCAGAUACCACAUUACCCCUUACAUUUCAACACUUACUAAAGGAUUGGAGUUUUCAGGGAAGGACCAUUACUUGUAAGACCUUAUGCUUAAGCAAUAUCACAACAGCUGCAAAUGCAUUUGUUAAAUGUAGUUGCAGAUUUUCAACUAAAUAACAGGGAUGCUUUUAAGGAGAGUCAGAGCUGAAAUUGCUCCUCUUCAGACACAGUAUGGGCAGCUACGGUGUAAUCUUCUCCAACUGCUUUGUCUGAGAUGGUGUGUGUUGUCCCAGCUUUCCAU